AUGCCGCCCUUCGCGCCAGCCAUCCGUGCUGAAAACACCUUUGCCGGCCAAUCGGCCAGCGACAAAGACUUGUCCGCCAAAUUCGCUCGAACCAGCACAAAUGGAGGCCAACCUCGAAGGCUCGCCGUCAUGACCUCGGGCGGAGACUCGGCUGGUAUGAAUGCUGCCGUACGCUCCGUCGUCAAGAUGGCCAUCUUCCGCGGAUGCGAGGCUUUCGUCAUCCGUGAAGGCUGGGAGGGUCUCGUUCGCGGGAACCAAUCCCCCGAUAGCACGCCUCCACAGACCCCCUCGGUCAGCACGAGCCAACCUACCUUUGCCGACACCGCCGACCCCAAAGGCAAGGCUUCCGAUCGGAAUCAGCAAACGGAGCAGUCCGAUUUUGUGCCCACGUAUGGCGAAGGCGAAUUGCUGCGUGAAGGCGUCGGAGAGGCACAAGAACUCGGUCUCCGGGGUCGAUACAUCAUCCGCGUAGGUUGGGAUGACGUGCGUGGUUGGAUGGACCAAGGCGGAACUCUGAUCGGGACCGCUCGAUCCAAGACGUUCCGCACACCAGAAGGCCGCGAGCAAGCUGCCUACAACCUCAUCAUCAACGGCAUCGACGCACUUGCCGUCUGUGGUGGUGACGGAAGUCUCACCGGUGCAGACAAGCUUCGCGCAGAAUGGCCCGACCUCGUCUCGGCGCUCAAGUCCAAGGGUCGCAUCACUGAAGAGCAGGCCACCAAGUUUGCGCAUCUCAACAUCGUCGGUCUCGUCGGCUCCAUCGACAAUGACAUGGCCACCACCGACAUCACCAUUGGCGCAUCCACUGCUCUGCAACGCAUCUGCGAGUCGGUCGACUCCAUCUCUUCCACAGCUGCGUCACACUCCCGCGCCUUCGUAGUCGAAGUCAUGGGACGACACUGCGGCUGGCUCGCCCUCAUGGCCGGUAUUGCUACCGGUGCCGACUACGUCUUCAUACCCGAACGCCCUCCUACGGGUCAGGAAUGGCACUCGGAAAUGUGCGAGGUCCUUCAAAAGCACAGAGAUCUCGGAAAGCGAAAGUCGAUUGUCAUUGUCGCCGAAGGCGCUAUCGACCGCGAGCUCAAUGACAUCACCCCAGAGAUGAUCAAGAACGUGCUGUCCGACGAUCUCGGUCUCGAUACUCGUGUCACCACCCUGGGUCACACCCAGCGAGGAGGCAAGCCGGACGCCAACGAUCGCAUCCUUGCCACCCUCCAGGGUAUCGAAGCCGUCGAUGCUGUGCUCGAAGCUACCCCAGAGACCCCAUCGUACGUCAUCGGCAUCAGCGAAAACAAGAUCACGCGCAUCCCGCUCAUGUUUGCCGUCGAACAGACCCAAAAGGUGGCCAAGCUCAUCGAGUCGAAAGACUUUGACGGUGCGUUGGCACUUCGCGAUCCCGAGUUUGCCGAAGGUCUCCGUGCAUUCAAGUACAUCAGCCAGAUCACCGAGGACGAGCGAGUGCCAGAGAAGAAGCGCAUGAGGAUGGGCGUCAUCCACGUCGGCGCGCCUGCAGGAGGCAUGAACGCUGCGACCCGAACAGCCGUGCGCUACUGUCUCGCCAAGGGUCACGAGGCUGUCGUCAUCUAUAACGGAUUUCCCGGCUUGCUCGAGGACAAUGUUUCGAUGCUCACCUGGCUGCGCGUGGAUGGCUGGGCGACAAGAGGCGGCUCUGAGCUCGGCGUCAACCGUCACCUGCCCGACAUCGACAUUGGCGCCGUGGCAGCCAAGCUGCAGGAACACAAGAUCGAAGGUCUCCUCAUCGUUGGUGGAUUCGAGGCGUUCAGCUCUGUCAAGAUCCUCAACGACAACCGCGACCGAUACCCUGCCUUCCGCAUCCCCAUCGUCGGUCUUCCCGCCACCAUUUCCAACAAUGUGCCCAUGAACGAGUUCUCGCUUGGAUCCGAUACGUCGCUCAACGCCCUGGUGGACGCCUGUGACGCCGUCAAGCAGUCGGCGUCUGCAUCGCGCAACCGUGUCUUCGUCGUCGAGACGCAGGGAGGCAAGUGCGGCUACAUCGCCGUCAUGGGUGCGCUCGCUGCCGGUGCUGUGCUCGUCUACACGCCCGAAGUCGGCAUCGGUCUGCAGCAGCUAGGCAAAGACGUCAACUUCCUCAAGAAGCGCUUUUUGCUCGAUGUCAAGGGCAAGUCGGAAGGUCGUCUGGUCAUCCGCAACGAGAAGUCCUCCGAAGUGUUCACAACGGAAGUCAUCACCAAGAUCCUCAAAGAAGAGGGCAAGAGCCUGUUCGAUGCGCGAUCCGCCAGCCUGGGCCACACGCUUCAGGGCGGCGUUCCCUCGCCACUCGACCGUGUCCGUGCGACCCGUCUCGCACUCAAAUGCUGCGAAUUCCUCGAGUCCGAAGCUCUCAAGCAGCGCUCUUCCUCGUCAUCGCACUCAUCCAAGACGGGCGAAAAGUCGUACUCGGACGACACGGCGGUGAUGAUCACCAUCCAGGGUUCCACCAUCUGCUUCACCGCGGCAACCGAGAUGGCAAAGAACGCCGAUAUGAAGAAUCGACGCGGCAAGACGGCGUGGUGGCACGAGCUCAAAGCGCUCGUCGAGCUGCUCGGUGGGCGAACGGCUUUGGCCGAGUUGUAA